CAUGGCACGAGUUUGACACCCCUGCUGUAAAUUAAAUAGACCUGGCAACCCUGCUGUAGGGGUGAAGAGAACCAGACAAGUGGCCUGAUGCUGAAUAUGCCAAUUAUUUUCUCUCCUGCACAGUGUUAUUCCCUCCGUCUAGAACUACCUGCAACUCUUCAAGCUGUUUUCUUUAAUCUAAAGGCAAAAGAAGAUGAAUCUGUUUUCUCGUUCCUCUUGAGGAUGUAUCUCACAAAUGUCUCGGUUACAUCCCCAGUCAUGAAUGUAAUUGCAAUUCCCCAUUUGGCCUCUAGAUGACCAACAAGACAAGCUUGCCACCUGAGAGGCAGCAAGUGCAGAUAGCCGUAAGCUAAGAUUAGCUAGCCAACCCCCAAAUUGGGGCUUUGAUCACCCAGUAGUUAGGAAGCCAGACCAGGGGCCGGCAUUACUGGCCAAACAUGCAGAAAUAUGAAAAGCUGGAAAAAAUCGGAGAGGGUACUUAUGGAACCGUUUUCAAGGCUAAAAACAGAGAAACCCACGAAAUUGUGGCAUUGAAAAGGGUUAGGCUGGACGACGACGACGAGGGGGUGCCAAGUUCUGCCCUGAGAGAAAUAUGUCUCCUGAAAGAACUGAAGCAUAAAAACAUUGUCAGGCUACAUGAUGUUUUGCACAGUGAUAAGAAGUUAACGUUGGUUUUUGAAUAUUGUGAUCAGGAUUUGAAGAAAUAUUUUGACAGUUGCAAUGGGGAUCUAGAUCCUGAAACAGUUAAGUCAUUCAUGUACCAGCUGUUGAAAGGCCUUGCUUUCUGUCACAGUCGCAAUGUUCUUCAUAGAGACUUGAAACCACAGAAUCUCCUCAUCAACAGAAACGGGGAGCUGAAGCUGGCUGACUUUGGCUUAGCUCGAGCCUUCGGGAUUCCAGUGAGGUGUUAUUCGGCAGAGGUGGUGACAUUGUGGUACAGGCCUCCAGAUGUGCUCUUUGGUGCUAAACUUUAUUCUACCUCAAUUGACAUGUGGUCUGCUGGAUGCAUAUUUGCAGAGCUGGCUAACGCAGGAAGGCCUUUAUUCCCUGGGAAUGAUGUGGACGACCAGUUAAAGAGAAUCUUCAGAUUGUUGGGUACACCAACUGAAGAACAGUGGCAGACAAUGACAAAACUCCCAGAUUACAAGCCAUAUCCCAUGUAUCCAGCCACCACCUCACUGGUGAAUGUGGUCCCCAAACUAAGUAGCACAGGACGAGAUCUGCUGCAGAACUUGUUGAAAUGUAAUCCUGUCCAGAGGAUCUCUGCAGAGGAGGCCUUGCAGCACCCCUACUUUGCUGAUUUCUGCCCCCCGUAGAUGCUAAAUUGCCUCUCACUGAACCUCGGCUGCCAGAAUCAAUCAUCCUUUAUUCUAUUGGGUCAUUAGGACCUGUCCCUACAAGGCAAAUCUCUUACUGGUUUUAAAAUACUUCCCUGCAUUUCAUCUUGUUGUGCCUCCUUGUGGAACAUAGUCCUCGUGGCUCUGCAAGGUUUCAGGUUCUUUUUGGUUGCAAGCCUGUCUGUUCUUGGUCUGUUUUGUUGUGUGUUUUUAUGCUCUUCCUAUUUGAUAGCACUAAUGUGGGAGUAUGAAAUCUGUUGCAUUGAGUAAACUGAAACCUGUGGAAAUGGUUUCUAAUCACAAGCCACUCUGCUCUGUGAGAAUCCAUUUUAAUCUGAUGGGUUUUUUUUAGAUAUAUAUAUUUUAUUUUAGCAUUAAUACAUUGCAUUGAUUAGUUUAUCAAUGGUCAGUCAUGAAUGAGAUGCCCGUGGAAUCUGUAGCAAUAUUGCCUAGUGCAAUUCGUUUUGCAAACCUUGUGUAAAAUUGACAUGGAUCACAGAGAUACAAUCUUGAUACCAUCAUUGUUUUGUUUUGCGAAGCAGUUUUAAUAUUAAUUCAGUAUUGAUGGCGACUGCAGAUUCCAGGGCAGCCGUUGUCACGCAGUCACUGUUAACAAAUAUCAAAACAAAACUGUUGUUUAGAAAGAAAAGUUACACCAAAGCGAUUUAAUGAACUUUAAUGAACAUACCAGCAGCUGUCAGUUGAAAAUUCUGUAAAAGCCUCAGCAGCCCCCCCGCCCACACUCUGUGUUUCUCCUCUCCCUUCCAGACUACAGAAAAGGCCACAGACAGACUUGUAUGUCUUAUGUUUUGUUUUGCAUACAUACAACUGUUUCCCACUGCCUAAUAUAAGAUUGUAUAAUAGCAUGGGAAUCUAAUUUAUAUAUAUGUGUAUUUUUUAUUUCUCAGGCUUUUUCCAUUUUGUAUUUGUCUUUUGUGCACUUUGUAACUGACCGUUUUAUUUUAAAUCCUUCAAUUAUCAUCCAUUAUAUCAAGUAUGUUGAGCACUGAGAACUAUGUUAAAGCCAGGUUAUCAAUGAAUGGGCCAAUAUAGACAGUCAUGACCAAUGGACCAUUAGUGACAUGUUUUCAUUCUUGCUUUUUGACACCAUCUUUUCACAUUAUCCUAAGUGUAUUUUCGCUUUUCUAAGAUGCUUAUUAGCUUUUGUACUAGUUAAAUGAGAGAUUAAAAAUCCACUGAUAACCUGUAUUAUCAUGCAGUGAUUGUUUUGCACCACUGGCUGUGUCCAUUUCAGCUACUUAAUUUAACACGGUAAACAGCUUGCAGUUUCUGCAGUGUUAUUUUACUCCAGAUUGUUACAGUACUGCUUAUCCCACAAUGAGUUGUCUUUGAAGUAGUUACCUAAAUAGGGAAAGGAUUUAUUUUCAUUUUGCUCAUGUAAGACAAGAAAGUGGAAUGCAUGUAUUUAUUAAUAACUGAAUGUCUGCUUAUUUUUGCAUUUAGUUUUUUUUUUUUUUUUUUUUUAUCAAACAGCAUGACUUUUCAUUUGGUACAGAAGCUCUCCCUUGAUGAAAUAUGACACUCAGAUCUAUGGCAUUUACAAGGCUAUUGUUAGUACUCAUAGUGCUUGAAGGUUGUGUGUCUGGAUGAAGCUAUGAUUUUUUUUUUAUUUUUUUUUUUUAAUUAAAAACAAAAACCUUAGGGGCAUUUGCUCUUAGUAUUUAAUUCACUCAUAGUGCAGACAAGAUCUUUCAUCCGGUUCAGACAAACUGCUGUAUAGUUACUUUAUACGACUUUAAUUUUAAUUUUAAAUGAAGAAUGGAUUUUGCACUUUGCUAGUAUCUUUAGUUUCAUAGGUAGAACUUGGGUCAUGUAUUUAGACAAAUACUGUCAGUGGUCUUUGUGUAUAUUUCAGCCAUUAUGGCUCAGUAUUCAAUAAAGUGGACAUAAAGAUGCUGGUUUACUUUUGUGUGAUUUUCCAAUUAGCUCAUGCAUUGUUACAUGAAGGAUUUCAACAUUUGGGGAAUAGAUUCUCUGCCUAGACUUCUGAAUUUCAUUAUUAAUUCAGCAUAGAAGUGAGCACUGUGGGGCUAUUCUGUAUUAAAUACCAACCAAUAAAUUCAGAAGACUGGA